AUGACCACCACAUUCCCUAUUCGAACUCAUGACCAGAGAGCGGUACUGGGUGUCGCAUUCAGCUUCUCAAUUCUUGCUGCACUGGCCGUCACCCUACGACUGAUCGCUCACGCGAUAGCUCACAAAAGAUGGACAAUUGCCGACUACUUCAUCAUUGCUGCCUGUAUUUUCGCUAUUGGCCUACAAUCUCUCAGUAUUACCGGAGUCUUUCAUGCCGGCAUUGGCUACGAUCACGUCCAGAACAUCGUAGUAGCGUACGGCCUCGAACCUAUCACCAAGCUCUCGCAGCUCAUCAUACCCCUGCAGUUUCUGUGGGUUCUGAGUCUUAGCUGUACCAAGAUUUCGAUUCUGUCUCUCUAUAUCUUGAUCUUUCCGAUCCGGUGGGUGGUCUGGAGUUCCUACGUGACCUUGUCCAUCAUUGUUGCUUGGACAAUCGCAACCAUCCUCGCUGGCUGUCUGAUUUGCCGGCCUUUCGCCUACAACUGGGAUAAAUCGAUUCCUGGAGGAAGCUGUGGCGAUCAAGUCACCUCAUUCACGAUUACCGGGGUCAUCAACUUAGUCACCGACGUCAUGGUGCUUCUUCUGCCCAUGCGUCCGUUGUAUCAACUGCAAAUGGCGACGUACAAAAGAGUGACUCUUGUCGCCGUUUUCGGCCUGGGUACUUUUACCUGUAUCGUCAGCGCCUUCCGCAUCUCCGUCCUGUCCAGCAUGGACUUUACCGAUAUCACCUAUACGAUCCCCAAAGCCAAUAUCUUCAGUGGCCUGGAGCCAUGCCUCGCCGUAGUCCUCGCAUGCGUGCCUCUGAUGCAUCCACUUCUUGGUCGGUCCGCAGCAACACCUCACGCGUCGGGGAAGAAGAAGUCCUCGAAUGCUGAGUCUAAGUCCAGUGGGCAGAAAGCUGUCAGCGACGACGGGUUCGAGCGGCUAGACGAUGAUACGAGUCACCUGUGGCUCAAACCGAUGGGACUGCAGCAUCGCGCUGAUGAAUCGGAUUUGCAGGAAACCAUAACCGGAGAUGCAAGCGAAGGAGAUCAGGAGUCUCUUCAUCGACAUCGGGGUAACAUCGGUAUAGCUACUUGA